GAAAAAUUUUACUGAGGUCGGUGAAAUAAUUUAAGUGUGUUCGUCUUCUCAAAUGAUUCUGGAUAGACUAAUGACGAGGUGUCUCUGAAUUACAGGACAACUUAUAUUCAGCCUGAUAAGGACAGUCUGGGUUGAGAAGCUUGAUCGACGGAGUUGUACUGAUUCCGCUAGAUCGCGCUGCCUAUCACAACAGGAUCUUCCCAAAGCAAGAGUUCGUCUAUGUGGCCAAGGAACACGUGGGAAUCCACCCAGUGGGAUUAUACUACCCAAAAAAGUCCCGAUUGACGCGGGUAUUCGACGACCAGAUCCGGAACAUCCAAAAUUCUGGCUGAGGAGGUACGGGGACUUCGACUUUUUCCAUAAGCAGGAAUCAAGCGAAGGUCCCAGAAGGCUGAGUAACAGUGACUUGGCAGGAAGGUAUCAGAUGUUCAUGGAUUGGUCGGUGAUAAGUUGUAUUGUUUUCGGAAUUGAGCUGCUGUUACAGCGAUGUGCGUGGCUAAGAAGAUUGUUGGAAGCGAUAAUGGUACGAGGCGGAUAUGAUUGAUAAUGAAUCUUUUCUUCUGUAGAAUGCGCUACAUGCAUCAUGCAUUUCUGUCCAAACAAGCAUCGUUGAAAUGCUUCACAGUCAGACAAGAGAAGGUCAUUAAAUACGAAUUAGGCAAACUAGCUGUAUUGUUGAGUAACUCCCAGAAUCGUGUCACUUUUUAAUCAUUGCGCCUAUAAAACCAGUAUCUGUGGAAUCUUUUACUAACAUUCCCAUUCCUAAACGGUACCAUGUUAAUCAGAGCACUGCUAUUACUAUGGAUUCAAUUAGCUCGUACAGCCCUACAAAUCAAUCAUCACACGACGGCCUUGAUUGAAACCACCGUGCAAGUUCUGCAGCGUAGUUUCCAAGACCCCUUUGCGGCGGCGUGUAUUGUCUGGAAAGGUUCAACACCCGAAACAGAGUUACUGCUGGGAGACCUACUCGAUGCGGUCAUCGUUCGGUUGAGUGGAUCCAUUCCGGUACAACUCAAUGUGGUGGAAGUCCAAACUCAGCGAAGGCCUUGGGUCCGAAAUGUCCUGCUGGUCGAUGACUACGAAGCGUUCCGGGAGCUCCGCUCCGAUUUGUCUAUAGAGCGAAAUGAUUUCUCCGGUAGAUAUCUGAUCGUUGUCAACUCGGCGAUCAACGAAACGUUCGUGCAAAAAGUGUUCAUAGAUCUGUGGAAGUUGCAAAUCGCCAACGUUGUGUUGAUCGGAAUCGAGACAAGUCAGCCAAAACUGUGGACUUAUUUUCCGUUUUCGGACGGAAUCUGCGGGCAGGCUCGAUCCACGACCUUGACCCUGGAAGACGACCUGUACCCGGACAAAAUCUCGAACUUCCACGGCUGCCAAUUGAAGGUUGGAUCAUUUGAAACAAGACCAUUCACGAUCAUGGAUCGUUCAGAUGAAGAGAAAUUGAGAAUGAGUGGUUUUGAAGGAGAACUACUGGAUUUGUUGAAAACUAGACUUAAUUUCACAACCAAAAUCUACGAACCGGAGAAUGGGGAACAGUGGGGCUACGCACUGCAGCAGAAUAGCACCGGAUUGGUUCGCAUGAUCCAGGAAGAAGAAGUUGACUUCGGAAUUUCCUGCAUGGGUAUUUCUGUGGCCAGGAAUGAGGUUCUGAAGCCUGGAAUCGCUCACUACACAACGGCUUUGGUCCUAGCCGUGCCGAAAGGUCGUCCUUACACAGCUAUAGAAAAAUUAUUCCAUCCUUUCCAGAUCGAAGUUUGGUGGUGUAUCACCACCGUUUUGCUGGGAUCCACGAUCGUCAUAGCCAGCGUCGAACGUGCCAAUGAAAACGUUCGUAACUUCGUCUACGGAAACAGAGUUCAAGCGCCGUACCUGAACUUAAUCCGGAUAUUCUUCGCCAUCAGCAUGGAGAGGCUACCGACCAGGAACUUCGCCCGCACGCUUCUAUUCUACUGGAUCUUCUUCUGUUUUGUGAUCCAGUCCUUGUAUCAGGGAGCGCUCUACCGUUAUCUACAGAAAGACUCCACGCUUCCACCAUCCAAGACUAUGGCAGAAAUCGAUCGCACCGAUGCCCUGUACUUCGUAGUGGAGAGCGCUGAACGUUACUACAGCUCAUUCCCCCAUCGCUACAAAAGAGUUCACCACCUGCCUCAAGAGAAGAACAACAUCAUCAAUCGGCUGAAAUGGAUGAUGCACCAUCCGGAGACGUCGAAUGUCGUGAUGGGCGCCCUGGAUCACAUGGCUCACCAUAACCAUCUGUACCGUAGGAAGGGCGGCUUCAUCGACGUCUGCCGAGAGUUCGUGUCGACCUACACGGUGGCCAUCUACUACCCGAAAAGGUCAAUGCUGACCAACAGGUUUGACUGGGAGAUCAUGCGGAUUCAGGCAUCGGGCUUGAUGAGCUACUGGAUCAACCGGUACGGAGAUUACGAUUUCUUCCGCAAGGUGAACGAUGCUUCGCAUCCGAAAAAGUUGAGCUGGGAACACUUGUCGGCGGUGUUCGAGAUCUGUGGAGUAUUGUUAGGCUUGUGUGGAGUGGUUUUUCUACUGGAGAUCGUUUCGCACAGAUAUAUCUCCAUGGGAAGGGUAUACUUGAAGCUGUAUUGCAGACGUAGAAAUUUAAGAAAUUGAAGACUUGAAUUUAUUAUUGUUGAAUAUACGAUGAUUAUGGAA